AUGGGGCCAGAGGUGACCAGCCUGUUGUUGCUAGGGCUGGUACUUUGCUGUGCAAGUGAAAUUAAAAGAGUAAGAAAAUCUAACCACGGCCACUUUGUCUGCAGUACCUGGGGAAACAACCAUUUUAAAACCUUUGAUGGAGAUUUUUACCAAUUUCCCGGGAUCUGUGAUUAUAACUUGGCUUCAGAUUGCCGAGAAUCUUAUAAAGAGUUCUCUGUUCAUAUCCAGCGUGAGCAGAAUCAUCAACGUCACCCUAAUAUAAAAUAUGUUCUUGUUACAAUCAAAGAUGUUGCUAUUUACCUCACUCACAACAUGGUUGCGGUAGAUGAGCAAAUGGUAAAGACUCCAUAUUAUAGUUCUGGCAUCCUGAUUGAGAAGAACAAUAUAUAUACUAAAGUCUAUGCAAAAGUGGGCCUAAUUCUGAUAUGGAACCAAGCAGAUGCUUUGAUGAUUGAGCUUGACUCUAAAUUCAACAAUUAUACUUGUGGCCUUUGUGGAGAUUAUAAUGGACAACAGAUCUACAAUGAAUUUAUCUCAGAUGGAUUAAGCUACAAUCCAAUCACAUUUGGAAACCUACAAAAAAUUAAUAACCCCACAGCAAAAUGUGAAGACCCUGAUGAGACAAAGCCUAUUGAACUGUGCAAGCAGCAUCGUGAAGAGUGUGAAACUCUCCUAACUUCGCCGGCAUUUGCAGAUUGCCAGAAUCGACUGAAUCUAGAACUGUAUGUUCAAGCUUGUAUGCAGGACAGAUGUGCUUGUCAGCGUAGAAAGGACUCUUUCUGCCUUUGCAGUACCAUCUCUGAAUAUUCACGACAGUGUUCCCACGCUGGUGGCAAACCUCAGAAUUGGAGGACCUCUCAGCUCUGCCCAAAGUCAUGUCCCAAAAACAUGAUUUACCUGGAAAGUGGUUCUCCCUGCAUGGACUCCUGUUCACACCUGGAGAUCAGCAAACUAUGUGAAGAACACUAUAUGGAUGGCUGUUUUUGCCCCAAAGGCACGGUAUAUGAUGAUGUCACAGGGAAUGGCUGUGUGUUAACCAGCCAAUGCCACUGUAAACUUCAUGGAAAAACAUUCUCCCCUGGUCAGAAAAUUGCCAAUGAGUGUGAAGAGUGCACUUGUCAGUCAGGGAGAUGGAACUGCAAGGAGUUAUCAUGUCCGAGUACCUGUGCUUUGGAGGGUGGAUCCCACAUAACCACUUUUGAUGGGAAGAAAUAUACCUUCCAUGGAGACUGUUACUAUGUGUUGACCAAGACCACUAAAAAUGACACCCAUGUCCUUUUGGGAGAAUUGGGUCCAUGCAGUUCUUCAGACAAGCAGACAUGCCUUAAGUCAGUAGUGCUACUAACAGAUCAAAGGAAGAAUAUUGUAGUUUUCAAAUCAGAUGGCAGUAUAUUACUGAAUGAAAUGGAGAUUCAUUUGCCAUACAGAACAGGUAGUUUCUCCAUUUCCCAGCCAUCAUCAUUCUACACUAUUGUGCUCACAAAUUAUGGGCUAAAAAUGCAGAUCCAGCUGUCCCCAAUGAUGCAACUGUUUCUCAUUAUGGAGGAUUUUGCCAAGGGAACUCUCCAAGGACUUUGCGGAGAUUACAAUGGAGUAGAAAGUGAUGAUUUAAAAGCCUCAGGUGGAGUGGUUGAAGCAACAGGAGCUUCCUUUGCCAACUCCUGGAAAGCACAAGCUAGCUGUAGUGAUAUGGAAGAUAAGUUGGAACACCCUUGCUCUCUGAGUCUUGAGAAUGAAAAAUAUGCUGAAUACUGGUGCUCUUUAUUGAAAAGUACAAGAGGUCCUUUUGCCAGAUGCCAUUCAGCAAUUGAGCCAACAGAUUAUUAUAAGCGUUGCAAGUAUGAUACCUGCAAUUGUAACUCCAAUGAACAAUGUUUGUGUGCUGCCCUAUCAUCUUAUGCCAGAGCCUGUACUCUCAAAGGAGUCCUUUUGUGGGGCUGGAGAAAAGAGAUCUGCAACAAAGAAGUAACUUCUUGUCCAGCCAACCAAGUUUUCCACUACAAUCUAACCACAUGCCAACAGUCCUGCCGUUCCCUUUCUGAUGGAGAUAAGUACUGCUUGAAAGGUUUCACUGCGGUCGAUGGCUGUGGCUGCCCAGACAAUACCUAUGUGAAUGAGAAAGGCAUCUGCGUGUCUAUGUCUGAUUGCGCCUGUCAUUAUAAAGGCUUAUAUACACAACCUGGAGAUUCUAUCAUGAAGGACGACAAGCGCUGUGUUUGCAGAAAUGGAAGAUUUCAGUGUGUAACAGUGGAUAACCAUGUUUUUUCCUUUUCAGAAUGUUCAUCCAAUAAGACAUAUUUUGAUUGCAACAACUUUGACUCUUGGUCUUCCCAAACGCCAGUACAACUUAGCUGUCAAACGCUGGGAACCGAUCACUUCCAGACUGAAUGUAUCUCAGGAUGCAUUUGCCCUGAUGGCUUGAUUGAUGAUGGCCGAGGGGGAUGUGUAGCAGAAGAUGACUGCCCUUGUAUUCAUAACCAGGUGUUUUAUUCCAAUGGAGAAAAAAUAAAAGUUGGCUGCAACACAUGUACCUGCCAAAAAGGAAGCUGGAAAUGCACCAACAUAGUGUGUUAUGGGACAUGUACCAUUUAUGGCAGUGGCCAUUUCAUCACCUUUGAUGGAAAAUUCUAUGAUUUUGAUGGUCACUGUGAAUACGUGGCUUCUCAGGAUUACUGUGGUAACCAGCAAGGAACAUUUAGUGUGAUCACAGAGAACGUCCCCUGUGGAACAACAGGAGUUACCUGCUCCAAGGCCAUUAAAUUGUUUCUGGGGACCACAGAGCUGAAGCUGCAAGAAAAACACAUCGAAAAAAUUGAGUGGAGUAACCACAGCUCUAUAACAUAUUGGAUUCGUGGAACAGUUGGGUUGUAUACAGUAAUUGAAGCCAGCAAUGGAGUGAUGCUCAUCUGGGAUAAGAAGACAACUAUUUUCAUCAAACUCAUGCCCUACCAUAAAGGGAAAGUCUGUGGUUUGUGUGGUAACUUUGAUAACAAAGCCAGCAAUGACUUCACAACAAGGAGUAUGGCUCAAGACAAAGUCAAUGCCUUGACAUUUGGAAAUUCAUGGAAAAAGGAUCCGGCUUGCCCUGAUGUAGAGGUAGUCAUUGAGCCCUGUGAGCUGAAGCCACAUCGGAAAGCGUGGGCAGAGAAAGAGUGCAGCCUUAUCAAAAGUGAAGUUUUUAAAAUAUGUCAUCACAAGGUGGAUCCACAGCCAUACUACGAAGCCUGUGUACAUGAUGCCUGUGCCUGUGAUACCGGGGGAGACUGUGAAUGCUUCUGUACUGCAGUUGCUGCCUAUGCGCAUGAAUGCAUCAAAGCUGAAGCAUGCGUCCACUGGAGAACUCCAGAUAUAUGCCCAAUCUUUUGUGAAUACUACAAUCCUAAUAAAGAUAUAUGUGAGUGGCACUAUGAGCCCUGUGGACGUGAUAUUUUAACUUGCAAGAUCCUCAAUCAAGGCAGCACCAACUUUUCAGUGUCAUUCUUAGAAGGAUGCUACCCACGAUGUCCUCCAGAAUAUCCAAUCUACAAUGAGGAGACCGAAUCAUGUGGAACAAAGGAAACAUGUGGUUGCUACUAUAAUGAUAUUUACUAUCCACCUGGACAUCUCAUCCCCAACUAUGAACACCCAGAACUCUGCCACUCUUGUUACUGCAAGUCAUCAGGAAAUGUGAUCUGUAAACAUGACAAAGAGUGUUGUGUUUAUGAUGGCAAAGAGUAUAACGUAGGAGACAUCAUUGUUAACAAAACUGAUUCAUGUGUGUACCUAAUAUGCACACUAAAUGGCACCAUGGAAAUUAAAUAUGAUGGAUGCAAAUUUUCCUCUUCUACAACUAUUUCCAGCACUGUUACUACAACUACUACAACCACCACCACCACUACUACCAGCCCAAGCAUUUCUACUACAGGUUCAACACCUUGUUUAACCCAAAAAUGUCAGUGGUCUGGGUGGAUUUCCGUGAGUGUCCCAGAAAUUGGUCUUGAUAAAGGUGACAAUGAAACUUAUGAAAACAUCAAACUGCACAACAUAAAGAUCUGCGAGAAGCCAGAAAACAUAUCAUGCCGAGCAAGGAAGUUUCCUGACUGGUCUUUUGAGGAUUUGCAACAGAAAGUGACAUGUGAUGUUUCCACUGGGCUUAUUUGCAAAAACAAAGACCAGAUUCCUGGACCUGUAAUGCCUGCACGAGUCUGUCUCGACUAUGAAAUCAACGUCUGCUGUCCGGUGGAGUGUUUUACUACCACUCCAACGCCUACUUCUACCACCCCCUCUACUACCGAAACUACAACUACCACAAUUACCACCACUCCACCUACUCCCACUCCAACACCUACUUCUACCACCCCCUCUACUACCGAAAGCACGACUACNNNNACUCCAACGCCUACUCCUACUACCACUACCGAAAGCACUACUACCAGAAUUACCCCCACUCCAUCUACCCCCACUCCUACUCCUACUAUCAUUUCCACUACAGAAAGCAGUACUACCACAAUUACCACAACUCCAUCUACUCCCACUGCAACACCUAUUUCUACCACCAUCUCCAUAAAAACUCCUACAAGUGCAACGGCAGGAUCCAGUACAGUACCACCUUGUGAGCUAGGAGAUCAUAAUGUUAGGUCUUCAAACUCGGGAAGUUUAACACUUGUAGACUUCAACUCCCAGAAUUCCUGAGUACAGCCAGGAGAAAGUGGGGGGAUAUGUAAUUGCACCGAGUUAGUAUGUGUUACGGGUAACAUAUGGGAGAUGCACCCUGUCAAGUGUGACAAACCACCGAAGCCCACAUGUGCCAAUGGGCUUGCUCCUAUAGAAGUAUUGGAUGAAAAUGGAUGCUGCCCGCAUUGGGAAUGUGACUGCUAUUGCACUGGCUGGGGAGACCCACAUUACAUGACAUUUGAUGGACUCUACUACAGUUACCAAGGUAAUUGUACCUAUGUCCUAAUGGAAGAGAUUGAUCAAACCAUCCACAACUUUGGAGUGUACAUCGAUAACUACCACUGUGAUCCAGCGCAAUCUGUCUCUUGCACCCGUACUCUCACUGUAAAACAUGAGUCCCAGGAAGUGCGCCUCAAAACGGUCAAACUGGUUCCUUUGAAAGUAGAGGUGACUGUAAAUCAUGUGGCAGUGGCUUUACCUUAUGAAAAAUAUAGCAUGAAGGUUUACAAGGCUGGUAUAAACCAUGUGGUGGAACUACAUAGAUUGAAGAUUAAUGUAACAUACAAUGGCAUGGCCUUCACAAUCCGAAUGCCCUAUAGCAAUUUUGCCAACAAUACCCAGGGACAAUGUGGAAAAUGCAACAACAAUAUCCAUGAUGACUGUAUGUUACGGAAUGGGACUGUUAUACCUUCUUGUGAAAUAAUGGCAGAUGACUGGAUUAUUUAUGAUCCAGAAAAGCCACAUUGUGAACAUAUGCCCCCACCUCCACCUCCACCUCCUUUCCCCUGCAAACCAUCUCCAUUGUGUGAGCUUCUAAAAGGAAAUAUAUUUCAGAAGUGUCAUCGCCUUGUUGACUUUAAAAGCUACUAUGAUGCCUGCGUGUUUGAUAGCUGCAGAAUGCCCAACCAAUUCAUGGAAUGUGCAAGUCUUCAAAUUUAUGCAGCAACCUGUGCAGAUCAGGGGGUUUGCAUUGACUGGAGAGGACAUACCCAGAAAGCAUGCCUCAAUAUCUGCCCGCCCAAUAAAGUGUACAAAGCAUGCAGUCCUGCUAUAGAAGAAACUUGCAAAUCAGGCUUAACAGGACAGAACCAGACCCAACAAAUAGAAGGGUGCUUCUGUCCUGAGGGGACCAAACUUUAUGACACUGCUAUAGAUGUAUGUGUGGAAACUUGUGGAUGUGUUGGACCGGACAAUAUUCCCAGAAAGUUUGGGGAGACCUUUCAGUUUGACUGCAAAGAUUGUAUUUGCCUGGAAGGUGGAAGUGGCAUUAUCUGUGAAUCCCACAAGUGUCCGGUACCAGUUCAUGAAGUACAGUGUGAAGGAGAAGGAUAUCAGAAGAUCACCAAAAUUAAUCCUGAUGACAAAUGCUGUUCACACACCGUGUGUGUGUGCAACACCACUCAAUGUACAACCAAGCCUCCUCAGUGUGAACCAGGAUUCUUAGCUGUUGCUAAUACCAUUGAAGAACACUGUUGUCCUUCUUAUGAUUGCAAUCCUAAAAAAGUGUGUGUGAAGGAUGGUAAUGAAUAUAAGCCCGGUUCAGAAGUCUUAGGAAGCCAGUGCCAGAAGUGUAUAUGCACAAAUAAACAAAACAGCACCACUCUUCUGAAUAUCAUAGAGUGUAAGAAUAUCCCAUGUAACGUGAAGUGCCAGGCGGGCUAUUCUCCUAUUCUACACCCUGGUGACUGCUGUCCAAUAUGUGUGCAGACAAGUUGUGUUAUAAGAACAAUAGAAAAUGACAUUGUCAUUUUAAGACCUGGUGAAAGUCAGAAUGAUCCCAAAGACAACUGUACUAUUUACAGCUGUACGAGGAUUCAUAGACAGCUGAUUUCCUCUACCUCUGUGAUCAAGUGCCCAACAUUUGAUGAGAAUAGAUGCCAACCUGGCACCAUUAUUUACUUGCCUAAUGGCUGUUGUAAGACAUGUAUAUUAUUGGCAGCUACCCCAUCGUGCUCUGCCAGUCAAACAAUGGACUAUAUUAAUUACAAUGGCUGCCGUUCAGAGGAUCUCGUCCCUGUGACUCAGUGUGAAGGAAGAUGUGGAACUUUUUCAAUAUACUCUCCUGAAGCUAAUUCCAUGACGCAUAAGUGCAGCUGCUGCAGAGAGUCAAAGACAGCCAAGAAAGAAAUCAUGCUGCUGUGUCCUGGUGGCAUCAGAAAGAAAUACCGUUACAUCCAUGUGGAACACUGUGAGUGCCUGAACACUGAAUGUGGUGAUGAGCGAAGCUCCUCAGAAGAAUAUAGGGAGGACAAAGAAAUCAUCACGCAACCACCCCAGGCUAUCAGGAACAGAAGUACGAAAGCUUUGGAAUGA